AUGGCUUUUGAACACGAUUCAGGUCCGUCUGACUCGGCUGACGCGGGAAUGAAGUCUAUAGACUCGCCUGCCUCUUCUGUGCCAACGAAGGGUGAUAAUGUGUUGGCAAACACAAUGGCUAUCCAUAGUGAAAAGGAUGAUAGUUUAGAGGCGUCUCCAAACGCACAGCAAACCUCUAACACCCAGGAAAACGGAGAGGAUGAGUCUCAGUAUCCAAGCGGGUUGAAUGUGCUUAUCUUGACAAUUGGAUUGUGUCUGGGCAUGCUUGUUGUUGCUUUGGACAAUACAGUUAUCGGUGAGCCACUGCUUCUCAAUGACAUGUUUUAUAAUUUACAAUAUCCCAAUCUAAUCUUUGCCUAUCUUCGUUCAGCAACCGCAAUUCCUCGAAUUACGACUGAAUUUCACUCACUGGGCGACACAGGCUGGUAUGGAUCGGCCUACUUGCUCACCAACUGUGCCUUGCAGCCAACCUUUGGCAAAGUAUAUACUGUAUUCAAUGUGAAAUGGACCUACAUCACUGCGCUUCUCAUAUUCGAACUGGGCUCAAUCCUAUGUGCUGCGGCUAAAUCCUCGACCAUGUUGAUUGUAGGCCGCGCUGUAGCAGGAGCAGGUGCCGCUGCUCUGUUUUCAGGUGCGAUGAAUAUCAUUGGUUCCAGUGUACCAUUGAGGAAGCGCCCAGUGUAUAUUGGAAUAUUGGGAAGCAUGUUUGGGAUUGCAUCUAUCGUUGGUCCACUCAUUGGUGGUGCUCUGACCGAAUAUGUGACCUGGCGAUGGUGUUUCUGGAUCAAUCUUCCAAUUGGUGGACUCACUGUAGCGACGGUCGUCAUCUUCUUUUCCAGUCCGGCCAAACAAACCCCCAAACAGUCCUUGGUACAGAAGCUGCGGGGACUUGAUGCUGCUGGAGCAGUCCUCCUGAUAAGUGCGAUUAUUUGCCUGCUUCUUGCUUUACAAUGGGGAGGGACGACUUACAGCUGGAGCGACUCGAAGGUCUUUGGUUGCCUCAUAGGCUUUGGACUAUUGCUUAUAGCAUUUUCCGUGCUUCAAGUCUACCUUGGGGACCAUGGCACACUACCACCUCGCAUUCUGAAGCAGCGCACUGUAUGGUCUGUUUGCUGGUUCGAAUUCGUUCUCGGACUCGGCCUGUAUACUUUGAUCUAUUAUCUUCCCUUCUAUUUCCAAGCAGUUCGUUUCACCUCUGCCGAGUCCUCUGGUAUCCGGAUGAUUCCCUUGCUUGUUUCGAUCACAAUAGCCUCGAUUGUCGGCGGUAGCGUGACUACUAUCACCGGCCACUACGUUGCUUUUCUAUGGCUGAGCGGUGGGCUCUUUACCAUCGCUGCAGGUCUCUGCUACACCCUUGAGACAAAUUCAUAUGCUGGUAAAUGGAUUGGAUAUCAACUACUUGCCGGCAUUGGUUGUGGCCUAUCCCUGCAGGUGCCUUUUGUGGCAACCCAGGUCGUACUCCCUCCUGCCGACCAGCCGAUCGGAAACUCUCUUGUUGUGUUCUUCACAUCACUGGGAGGCGCAUUGGCUGUGUCGAUUGCAAAUAGUAUUUUCAGUAAUGCAUUAUUGCAAGAACUGAACAGUCGAAUUUCAGAUAGUGCUUUAGUUGCAGCUAUCAUACAGGCUGGCGCAACCGGCAUCAAGGCGACUACGCCGUCUAACUUGGUGCAAGAUGUCUCUGAAAGCUAUAACUAUGCUAUCACCAGAGCCUUCAUCCUAGCUAUUGCAGCCGGAGGCAUUGCUUUUAUUUUCAGCUUAUUUACUGAGUGGAAACACAUCGAUAUAAAGAAGCCGAGCCCUGAAGAGAGCAAGGAUGUAUCUUCAGAUGGCAGAGAUGCACCUCUAGAGGAAUCUGUGUAA